CUUUUCAUUCACUCCUCACGAACAGUUCUAACUUCAUCCACAAGGCCUCAGAGCAAAACAAGAUUGUUUGAAUGGUUUGGCCUCCUCAAGAAUGAACGAACAGCUCUUAAAGAAGUUUAAAUGGAGGUGAAGCGCAUCAUGGUUCCUCCACUUUGUUCUCACUCUUCAGUUCCAAGCCCCUCCUCACACUCAGACAUUCCUUGACCAUUAAGCGACCACCAACGCAAUGGACUUCUCCGAGCAUCUUCAAGGAUUUUUCCCUCUUCAUUUCCCUGUCAAUGCGAAUGACAUGACCUUCAUCGACAAUGAGGCUGAUCAAGCCCUAUGGAACGGCCUUGACCAGGAACAAGCCCCCGACCCGCUCGUCUGUCUUUGCCCAGAGGUACCAGGCCAUGCUGAUGGCGCUCUCAACAACGCUUGCCAAUUGGCCCUCGCUGGACCUUCCACUGAAAACAACAUGGGCGUCGCUGGACAUUCGCUCGACCAAGCUCCCGGGGUCAUUCCCGACCACCUCAACUACCCAGAACGUAACAAAGCCUUGGGUUUAGCCUCUGCCGAGCCAGCCGCAUCCCUCACUCCCAAUCCCAAGCCCUUCACUUGCGAUCACUGCGGUUCCAUCUCCGCCAAGACGCCGCGAGACUUUAAGCGCCACUUGGCUACCAAGAAGCAUCUCAAAAACGCCAUCAGAAACGGUCCAGGAGAGAUUGAGUUGGAGUCGUCACCGAACCGUGGCACUGAAUUCCGCUGCCCAGUUGCACCGUGCAACAAGACAUUCCCCCGCAAGGAUAACCUGUGGAGGCACAUUGCUAAGAUGCAUGGGAUCUCGGAUGAAGAUGAGUGAUGAAGCGUUGUAAUGGUUCAAUAAGUGGCGAUGGACAGAUUUUAAUGUCUCACGAAACUUUUG